AUGAAGGGUUUCGAGGGUAACAAGAUCGACAAGGUCAUUAGCCGCACAGAAGAAAUCCUCGAAGGCAACAAUGCUGAGCAUGUCGACACGCCCAACCAGAAGAAGCAGUCGAAGAAGUCACAACGAAUCUUCGAUACUAUCCGCAAGGGCAAAGCACUGUUCGGCUUCGGAGGCAAAUCAAAGGCAAGCAACACAGCUGAAGAUGAGCAUCAAGGACUUCAACAAGAGGUUGGAAUUGUGGAGCAGCCUGGAAAUGGAGGUGGCCUAAUGGGUGGAACUAUCGCGCGCAAGCCAGUCGCAGACGGUACAUAUCAACUCGAUGGUCCUUUGAAUUCCCAUCCCGUUACAUCCCAAGAUCUGGAAGCAGCAGAAAGAGGUCGUCUUCGAGUUGAGAAUGGGGCUGGAGGAGCAGAAGCUGCAACAAUUCCCAGAAUUGAAAAUCGUGACGAUACAGUAGGUGAGCAUGUUACCACAGUGGAGGAGUUCACCGAGAGAGAAGGAUAA